AUGGCUCUGGCCCACUCGAAGCAUGGUGGAGACACGUAUUACUACUACUUCACGCACAGGGCAACAGCGCAAACUUGGCCAGAAUGGAUGGGCUGCUUACAUGGUUAUGAGAUUAAUUUUGUUUUCGGUGAACCUUUCAAUAAAAAGUUCAACUACUCCACUGAAGAGCAGGAGCUGAGCAGCCGAUUCAUGCGCUACUGGGCGAAUUUCGCCAAAACUGGUGAUCCAAAUAAAAACGAGGAUGGUACGUAUACAACGGAUGUUUGGCCCAAGUAUAAUGGUGAAUCUAUGGAAUACAUGAACAUGACUGUUGAAUCGGCGUAUCCAACUUCACAAAGAACUGGUCAUGGUCCACGACGGGAACAGUGCGCAUUUUGGAAGUCAUACCUGCCAAAUCUGAUGGCGAAAAGAUGCCAUGGACACAACAAGCGAGUGGACGACAUGCCACGCUAUUGA